CUUGAAUAUAUUUUACAAUUUUGCUAUUUUUUAUGCUUUUAUAAGUUUUUGUCAGUUUUUAAUCAUGGAUGAUAUAAUGCCGACAGAGAUCUUGGAGGACGAUGAGGGUUCUAUAACACACGAAGAUCAGGAGGAAUUCGUGUAUGAGACACACGCAGACGUAUACAGUUCACCUUCCAAACUCCUAGUACCACCAGAUCGUGACGAUUCGUACGAGUCCCAAGAGUCUCAAGAAGAAGAUGAUAACAAACAUAUGGGUGAACAGUUUGGAAUGUACGAUGAUCUUAGUGGCAGUGAUUUAUCUGAAGGGUCAUUAAAUGUUGAUCAUGUUAUCAUCGACACGGAAAAAGUUGAAUCAAUUGAGCGUCUCAGUGAGACUGACAAAAAUGAAUAUGAAAAAAUGAUUUUGGAUAUACAACUCUCUAUUUACCAAGAAGAAUCUAAAAAUCACUACUUGCACAAAAGAAUAAUAGACUACGUCCGCAAAAGAAAGAUGGACACAUGUUUAAGAGAAGCAGACAAUGAUGAUAGCAGAGUCUACGUUAAAAGAUACAAAGCACAAUUAUUAAAUUAUGGAACACUAAUAGAAGAUAUUGAAAAAAACAGAGAAGCUUUUACUACAGACAUAGAAAAGAUUAAAAUGGAACGUGAUAAUCAGAUUCAAGCGUCAGAAGUUUUAUUUCAAAAGUUGCAGGCCAAAGAAAGAGAAGUAGGAAUUGGAUUGAUACACGCAAAAACUGGGCUUCCUUUACAAGAUAAGAAAGUAGAUAUGUUACUGAAUCAACAAAAGGAAUACUACAAUCAAGUAAGAGAUCGAAGAUUAAAACAUAUUAAAUUAAAAAUGAGAGUCACCGAUCUUGAAAAGAGAAUGAACCAGCUUUUAUAUAUUGGCGAAGGAUUAAAUUUACUCGAUUAUGAAACACUGCAGUUUAAAAAUCGUUCCUAUCAAGAUAAAUUAGAUGACAGAGAGGACGAAUUAAACAAACUGCGUAUGACAUGUAGAAAUGGCAUUCAAGUGUUGGCUCACUUCCGGGAAAUAUCAACUUCGACAGAGGAAGAAAUUUAUAAAGAAAUUGAGGAGUUAAAAAAAAUCAAUGAAUCUGUCGAUAAGACUCGUGAAAAAUUGAACAAACUAAAGACGAAGCGUAACAUGAUAAGAAAUCAGGCCUACAAUCUAAAAGAAUCAUUGGGUCUCCUAACUAAUCCCGAUUUGUUAAAAGACAUGGAAAAGUCAAUUGAUGACCUCGCAAAUCUCACUGAUCUAGUAAAAGAAGCUGAGACAGAUAACAAAUUGAACAAAAUUAAAAUCAGAAACAUUCGCAAAAAUAUGGAAAAAAUACCCCAGAGUAAAAAGGAACUGGAUAAAUUGCCGGCCAUACGAAAGUCACCGAGAAAGGUACACAGGAACAGAAUUAUCUUACCAGUUGACGCGUUCAAAGGUACCAGAGGACUGCCAUUGCCAAAGUACUGCUUGGGAAAAACUCGUAUAUAGAAUAUAUUUAGGCUAAUCACGUAUAAUUGAAUAUGUUACUGUCGAAUACUAUAGAUAUCUGAUAUAUUAUUGCCUCGAUGAAAUAUAUAAUUUUUACAAAAC